AUGUUCAUUACAAGACCAGAUGAAGAGGAUUAUUUAGAAGACGAAGAGGAUGAAGAAGAGAAAAAGAAAGUAACUAAUAUGGCAGGUUGGGGUUCAUGGACUGGUCACGGUAUCAUUAAUACUGAUAAUAAAUCUAACGAUGUUGAGAAAAAGGAUGAGAUUAAGGUGAAAAAGAGAACUAAAGUUCAAAUAAAUACUAAAAAAGAUCCCAAACUAGCGAAAUACUACAUACACAAAGUAUGUUUUAUUCAGUUACAUACUCAUCAAAUAAUUUUGGAACAUCCUUAUACUAAUCGUCAUGAAUAUAAUUCUAAUAUGGAAAUACCGAUUGGGCCCGAAUGGAAUACUAUUAAUAUGCAUCAAAAACUCAUUAAACCCAAAAAAUUGGUAAAGAUUGGAUCUGUGAUAAUGCCAUUGGGAUUGGGUAAUAAACACAAACACCUGUUGAACACUUUCAGAAAAAAUAUUAUUAAAAACCGAACUCACGCGAGAUUAUAA